AUGACCGAAGAACCCGGAUUUAAAGGCAAAUCGCUCAAGAGAAAGAAUGUCAAGGGGUUGAAACUCGGUGGAGGGGGAGGAGGAGGAACUCCCGCCCCGGUCCCUUCCGCCCCGGACGCCCAGGCUCCCGGCGGAAACGGGAGUAGAUACUAUGCUCACAAUGACCAACUGAGUGAUCAACUCAGCACCCUGGAAAUUGGUGUUGAGUUUAAGCUGGAUUUGCGUGCAGAGGAUCUGAAGGUGGUGAACGAGUUGGGUGCGGGGAAUGGAGGGACUGUUAGCAAAGUCAUCCACGCUCCGACGAAAGCUUUAAUGGCAAAAAAGGUCCGUUAUCUCGACCCCGCCGCGGUGAAGAUGUCCUACAGAAUUAUAUUGACAGAGCGGUGAAGGUUAUCCACAUAGACGCUAAGCCGUCGGUUCGGAAGCAGAUCGUUCGUGAGCUGCACAUAAUGCAGGAGUGUCACUCCCCCUAUAUCGUGUCUUUUUACGGUGCCUUCCUCAACGAAGGGGAUGUCGUUAUGUGCAUGGAAUACAUGGAUUGCGGGUCAGAUAUUAACCCCUCGCCGGGCCGUGUGCGCGUGUGCUGCGCCUUGCGAAUACAUCCACUGACAUGGUCUACGAUAUCACAGGUCCCUUGAUGGUAUCGCUAAAAAGAUAGGCCCGAUUCGUAUCGAUGUUCUGGGCAAGAUCUCUGAGGCGGUUGUUGAAGGAUUAAAUUACCUCUAUAAUGUCCAUCGAAUCUUGCAUCGGGAUGUCAAGCCCUCGAAUAUCUUGAUCAACUCUCGGGGCUCCAUCAAGCUGUGUGACUUUGGUGUUUCCGGAGAGUUGAUCAACUCGAUCGCCGAUACGUUCGUCGGCACUUCAACCUACAUGUCCCCAGAGCGAAUCAAAGGAGCCAAGUACUCUGUCAAAUCGGAUGUAUGGAGCUUGGGAUUGACCCUGUUGGAGCUGGCCAUAGGGAGGUUUCCUUUUGACGCGGACGGAACAAGCGCCGGGACCAGGGCCAGUGCUGGGCCGAUGGGCAUUCUUGAUUUGCUUCAGAAGAUUGUCAAUGAGCCUGCGCCCAAAUUGCCGAAAAAUAAGGCGUUCCCCCCCAGCUUGGAGAGGAUGAUUGAGUGCUGCUUGAUCAAGGAUCCGGAACAGAGACCUAGCCCUCAAGAGCUGCUGGUAAGCUGCGAUCAUUGGAGGAGCCGCUCAAUAGUAAUUUGCUAAACCGGUUUUUGUGAACCAAUAGGAGGAGUCGUUCAUGAGAGCGGCCAAGCAGACCAACGUGGAUCUUGAGGCUUGGGCUCAUGUCAUUCUCGACAAGCCCCUCAAUCGAUCAUCAAGAUCCUCGCAAUUGAUCAGCCCCGCUCCCGCUCACCGAGAGUCCCCGGCUCCACCACGCCCAUCAUCACGUGGCCAAAACACUCCCGGGCGAAGAACCUCCACUGUGGAGCGCAGCUCGAGUGAACGAGGCACUGAAAGAGAGAGAUCUGAUCGUGAACAUCGCGCACCCCCGGCUCCGCUGCAACAGGCACCUUUCCCAACCCGCACAAGUUCACAUGGCCCUGGCUCUGGAAGACUUGAGGAGGCGAACUACCACAGCUCUGCAGGUGAUUCGUCCAGAGCCAACCAGUUACCACAUUCAAGGUCCUCCCGCCAAGCUCAGUACCGAUCGAACACCGAACCUGCAGGGCUCUCAAAUUCAGACCGGAAUGAUAGCCGGGAGCGAUAUUCUCGUGGUCAGGGCGGCGAAAGGGAACGCGAGAGGGGACGCGAGCUGGAGCACCAAGGCACAAUUGGGAUCGCAUUUGAGGGCCCGCACCAGCCGGAAAUGAGAGAGAAGAAGAAGCCACCUAUUGGCAUUAUGAGCUCGGGGAUAGGCCUCCCAUUUGCCGGAUCUGGUAAUGGCAUUGGUUCAAGCGGUCCCAGCGGAAUCAAUGGUGGCCGGUAGAACAGGUUCAAAGCCAGAUUUGCCUUUUUUUUUGAUUGCUAUAUUCAGUAAAUGGGGUCAGUUUUUAUC